AUCGGAUGUCAACCAAUCAAAACGCUCGUGCUAAAGUUUGUGUUAUGUUGGGUGGGAGGUGGGUGAUGAACACAGCUGAGAUUCGUGUUUACAUUGAGAAUGGAAAUUGAAGCAAUUUAGAUAUGUAAAAAUAAGCAAAAUGACAGAGGGCAUCAGAAAGGUGUCUCUGAAAGAGGAAUAUGUGAAGGUACUUGAAAGUUAUUCUUACUUGUAUGAGGAGCGCCCUGUAUCUAUAUGCAAAGAUGAGACUUUGUUGGUCAUUAGGCGAUCAAACGAUGACUGGUGGCAGGUAGUAAGACCAGGAGAAAAGCGCUCAUUUUUUGCUCCUGCUCAGCAUCUAAAAGUCAUUACUAUACCACAAGAACAAAUGAAACAAACCAUCAAACAAGGCCUGUCAUUACAAAAGAUUCAAGGUAGCGAGGAAAAUGUGCCAUUAAGUAGACCACAGGGAUUGGUCUUACCAUCCCAGGAUUGUAAAUCAUUUUUACCCUUAACUGACAUGCAGUCUCCUUCAGCUUCAUUAUCUAGUCAUAGUUACUUGACCAAGAUUGAAACAAAUAGGAUAGCUGUGGAAAGGACAGAUCUAUAUCCCAGUAGAUCAACCAGUACUUCAUCAUUUAAAAGUGAAUCUCCUCUUGUGCCAACCAGAGGCCUUUCUCCCAGGAAUGGCAACAUGGAUCCAGUUUCUCGAGGUCUUGUGCAACAGAUCAGUCAGGAGUCAUCCUCAUCACACACUUCAAAAUCAAGUCUCAAUGAUGGCAGCAGAUGUAGUAUGGAAUCAUUAACACAUUCACAUAUUAGGAAACAGUUCAUGAAGGCAGCUUCUCAUGAUGAACUCAGCUCAGAUCAUUGUAGAUCAUCUCUUGAUAUUAGUCAGCCCCGUGCAGCUAGCAAUGAAGAACUUGAUAGUCGUAAUGCAGGUAGAGAUUAUUUAUUUAGGAGCAAUCAGCUUAGUUAUCGCCACAGGUCAAACUCUGUUGAUUUUAGAAUUUUUCAGAAGGAUCUAUCUUUUAGUGAAUUAAAGCAGGGUUCACUUGAUAAGAGUCGCAAACCAAGGCUAUCAAAAGACCCAAGCAAUAGGAGGAGGUCAUGGGCAGUUGAGGAGCUAAUGGCAGAAAAUAGCCGCUCUACUUUCAAAAAAGGUGACACAAAAGAUGUAUCUAUUGUACUAGAUGUUCCUCCUAAAUUGCCACCAAAGCUCAGGAAACAUAAACCAACAGAUAAGGUUAGUCUGAGCUCUGAAAGUAUUGGAAAACUUGAAGGACCAGUAGAUGUCAAAUUGCAGGAAGUAAAAUGUGGUAAGCCUCCACCACCUCUUACAGCUCCAAAUGUAAAACGCCUUAGUCAUGAAUAUGAUAAAGGAAAUACAUUGCAAGAUUCAGAUAGUUCUGAUAUAUCAGGGAAACAGCACAAGGGGUUAAUAGGACGGUCAGAUGGCCAUGACUUGAAGGAAAUUCCUGUCGCCUUGCCAAGAAAAAAUCUUCCUCCACAGUUAUCUUCAUUUGAAGGAAAGUUUGAUAUUCAAAGAAGUCAGUCAGGAGGAAACAUCCUUAUGUCGCAAUCUUUCAGUUUAGGUGAACUGAUAACUAGAGACAGUAAUGGAAACCAAGUUAAAGGAGAGAGAAGGGAAGGAAAUUUUGAGCAUAAUUCUUCAGAAUAUGGAAGCUUUAGAGAAAAAGUUUUUGGUGAAAGUGAUGAAAAAAGAAAAGUAAAAAAAUCUGAUUCCUUUGGCCGAGUGCCAGGAACCCCAGACCUCUUGAGGAAAAUGGAUCGGACUCCAGAUUCCAUGAGAAAAGUGUAUAUGUCCAAGGAAACCUAUAUGGGAUGUAGUAACUCAGACCCAUCUUUAAGAAUUUCUAAAGCCAGUGAAUAUCGAGGAGAAGAGAAAGAAAAUGAAGAUAUUUUCCCAUCCAGGGAAACUCCCACACCAGAUUCAUCUCGAGCAGGAAAAUUAGCUUAUCAGUUUCCCUCUUCACCAAAAAUCAGCCCUCAAAGAGCACUCUUUGAUGAGUGGGGUGAAUAUUAUGAUGAAACAACUAAAAGACAGUUCUACUAUAACAAGAAGACCAGAGAGAAAAGAUGGAAGCCACCACGAAAAGUAGUUCACUCAGUCUCCAUUCCUGAGGUGCCACCUUUUUCUCGGUCAGAUCGGUUUGACUAUGGGCAAAACCAAGCUCAGACCCCUACUCCUGAUUACCCCUCAUCACCUAAACCUUCACACAGGCUUCGUCAUAAUCAGUUUGAGGGUGUUUUAUUGCCUUCAAAUAGAUCAUAUACCCUUUGCAGCUCUUCAAAUCAUUCCUUGCAUAAUACUGAGGCAUCAUCUCAUACCUUGCCUGCAGCUUCUUCCAUUUCUCCUAAUAAAACUGGUGUUCAUCCCCAACUUGGGCAUACUGUUAGCCUUUUGACCACCCCACCGGCUCCUCCCGCAAGUGCCAAGCCUCCUCAUGUUCCUGCUACUCCUACUACACCAACAUCCCCAGAUUUUCCUGAUUACAGUGACGAUGAAUCUGCUUUACGUGAGGUAGUUCUUGAGUUGAGCCCUCCAAAGGGAUGGACUAAGAAAUAUGAUGCAUACACUCAGACGGUGUAUUUCUAUAGCAAAACAAAAGGAGAGCGGUGGUAUGCCAAAAGUACGGAAGGAGGGAAGAUCUACUUCUAUGAAGAAUCUGGGUCCAAGAGCCAAUGGAAAUUGCCUGAGCAUGAAGAUAUUGAUGAUACACAGGAUGGAAAGGAAGCUGGUAAUAGGCCCUUGUCACCUGACAACCGUAGAAUCUCACUCUUGGGUGAGAACCUGAGUGAACUUAUUCCAAACACCAAAAAAGAAGGCUUCUUGCAUCGAACAUUUAUAAUGCGGGAAGGGAAAAAGUGCCGUAAAAAUUGGACACACUCAUAUGUGAGAUAUAUUCCCGUACAUUUUCGUUCAGGUGCGUCAGGCGUUUUACAUUUCAGCAAAACAAAGGAUGAUGAUAAGAAAGCUGAAGUGUUUGAAUUUCAUGAUACUUGUCAUUUAGAACAUACAAAUGACAAAAAGACUUCUCGUCAGCAAGUUUUAGGGUUGCGAAAUGGACGGGAUACUGAAGUUCUCUUACAGUUUGAUGAUAAGGAUAUUGCUGAUGAAUGGUUUAAAGUUCUUCUGCAACAUGAAAGAGUGACAUAUGAUGAUACACCAGCUCCUGAAGAGAAGAAAGGCAAGAAAGCUGGCGAUAAAGUGAAGCGCGAGUCCAGUGUAGAUAUCUUGAAUGACAACAAGGGCAUAACAGAUAAACUAAGAAGUUUCAUUAAGAGAAGACCCCAGAGGGAACUUUUGGAAAAGAAGGGUAUUUACAAAGAGGCAGUUUUUGGAAGUACUCUUGCUGAGCUGGCAUCACAAGAUAGAACAGGAACACCUUUGUUUGUUUUACAGUGCAUUAGGAACAUUGAAAAGUCUGAUGAAAACCUGCGUACUGAUGGUUUGUACAGGAUAUCGGGUAAUGCAGCUCAAAUCCAGAAAAUUCGUUAUGAGAUUGCACAGAGAAACUAUGCUGUGUUAAGCAAGGAAAAGGAUGUUCAUAAUCUUUCUGGAGCAUUAAAGCUAUUUUUCCGAGAAUUGAAGGAGCCUCUUAUUCCGUUUUCAAACUAUGAUGACUUCAUUCAAGCUACAGACUUUGAACUUCGUCGGAUGAACCAACAAGUUGAAAAGCUAACCAAAGCUGUGCGGAAGCUUCCUUCUGAAAAUUAUGAGACCUUGAAGGUUUUACUUCAGCAUCUUCUAAGAGUGACUGAAUAUGAAAGUGAUAACCGAAUGAGUAUAUCAAAUUUGGCGAUUGUGUUUGGUCCAUGCCUGCUUUGGCGCAAGGUAACAACAUCCAAUGACCUUAUGACAGAUGUCAUGUUGCAUAAUCGUGUUAUUGAAGGACUGCUAACUGAUUUUUCAAGAAUAUUCCAUGCAAAGCGGUAAUGAAGGUAGGCAUGUAUAUGGUUUGAUUAAGUGUAUGUAGUGAAAACAAUCUUAGGUCAGUGGGUUGAUAUGCCACACUGUUAUUCAUGUGACAGUAGAAUAUCAAAAUCAGCAAUGAUUAUACUUCCAAGCAGCUUUGAGGGUAAAUAAUUUACUUAGAAGCUGGAACAUGCAGAGCAUAAAUUAAAACCCUAAGAGAUUUCAGGAGCUCCCAAAACUCUUCUGUAGCAAAUCACACAUUGACUGCACAUGGGCAUAGCAAUACAAUUUUCUUCUGUUGUUCACAGAGAAAUUAUUUUUAAUGGUACAUUGUUGGUUAUGGUGUCAUUUUGAAGCUAGUAAUUGUACAGUACUAUAUUGUAUAUUCCAAAAUGGCAAAAGUGAAAGGUCAAAAUAAUGAGUUUAAUUUAAAUUAGGAAUAUUGCUACAGAUGACAUGAUUUCAUUUUUAUAUUGGAAUUUCAAGGUUUGGGUUAAUACUUGUUAGUAACCUCAGUUUAUGAAAUAUUAGCUUGGGUUUGAAACCCCUAAAGCAUAUUUAUCAGUAGGUCUUGGCUGUUGCCAGUGCAAUGUGGCUCAAUCUUUCUUUACAAUAGUGUAUACAGUAUAUAUAAGUGUCACUUGUUUCUUUGAAAAUAAUUUAGUAUUUUGGAAACUCAAGAUUUUUCCUAUAUUUUACUGUCAUUCAUGAGAAACUAUGCUUUGCUGUUCAGUUAUAUAGGUACAGCUCUGUAGUAGUCAUGUAUUGUUACUUGGCAAGGAUAGCUGUUGAGUUUCUAAACAGAAUUCUAUACAACAUAAUUUCUUUAUAUGCAUUUAUAAAUGUGUAACUCACUGGAAAGCAUUUAGGUGAAGGUAUGCUGAUACUUAUCAGGUAUUAUUGCUUUUAGUAAGUGGGAUUGCUCAGCAUCAACUAUGCAAAACUAUAAAUUUUUGGCAAAUUUUAUUAUUCAUUCUAUCAGUUUUUCUGCUCUAUUGAUCAUCCAUUGUGUAUAAACUAAAACCAUUGCUUAUGAAACAUAUUUUCCCUAAGGUGCUCUUAUAUUAUCAUAAAACAUUGUUGCCUACAACUCUAUUUAGUAUUUGUGUAAUAGUUAUAGUAGUUUAUUGUACUUGUGUAUAGAAUGUUACUAUAUCCUUUCAGAACCAUUUAUCUUGGAGAAAAAGACAUUGCAAAACUAAGAUUUGUAUUCUUAUGUAAUAUGUGUAUGUUACUAUAUGUAAAUAAUCUUCAAGUCUGUACAGUUGUUUUCCAGACACUAUACUUUAUUAUUUCUUUAUCAAUUCAGUACAGCGUCACUUGGGUCAUAUUAAGAAUAAGAGUAUUAGAGUAUAUUUUAUUUUUUUGUCAUUCCUUAAAUUUAUCAGUUCAAUGAUGUAUUAGUUAUAUGUACAUUUAGUUAAUUAUGUAUAUUUUGAAAGAUAAUGUUUACUGUGUUUGUUAACAACCAUUUAAAAGUGAUGUUUAGCAUUUUAGGUCACAGAUGACUGAUAACACUUAAGUUUUUUAGCCUGUGUAUAUUUUUUAAUUGCAUUUGAGCCAUACUGUUGUACUAUUUAUACAGUAGCUACCAGGAACACCUGUGAUUAUUGUAUGAACUAUCAAAUGUUUUGUACCUUUUGACUGAUGUUUUUAAAAUUGUGUAAUGUAGCUUAGGUUAAUGCAUGCAUGGUAGACUGAACUACUUGCAGCAAAAAAAAAUUCAGCAGUAUUUUUUCAUGUAAAUUCAUUACUUAAAACUAGCCUAAUUUUGGGUCACAAAAUCAUCUAGGUAAUACCAGUUAUUCUGGAAUGAAGAAGUCAUUUAGCACCAGUUUUGCACAUAUAAAAUGCCCAAGUCUCCAGUAUUAAUCAUCAUGAGAUUUUGUCAUUAUUUUAGCCAUGCACUUAAGAAAAGGCAAGUUAGGGGGGGGGGGGGGGGGGGGGGGGGGGGAACUCUCAUUAAAAGAAUUUGUGAGCCAGCAUUGUAAUAUUGAUGGAAAGCAUUUAGUUUCCAAACCCCAUGUCAAUUGAUUGGGCCCUGUAGGCACUGCUUGAAACCACCUGAUUGAUAUAAGUAUCGGUAUCAAUAGCAAUGUUUGAUGCAUAAAACUUAAAAUGCAAAAAUAACUAUAGCUCAGGAGCAUUUUUGCUUCAACCAUUUUCCAAUGGUGCAAGUCUGACCACUUAUAUCCAAUUCCUGAGGACAAGCGUAGAAACUUGUAUGAUAAUAUUGGGGAAGUACUUCUGUAUCCCUUGAGAAAUUGCAAUAGCGUACCAGCAAACCGCACAAUGUCGCAUCACAUAUACAAAUUUGGCUGGAUAUAAAAGACCUAUAGCUUUCCAAGGCUUUUAUAUAAAUUUCCUUGGAAAAAUUUGCUGGGUACUCAUUAACCUCAAAGUUGUGACAAUGACAACUGCCUCAGUGUUAUAAAAAAAAAUCUUGUUCAUGCUGAUCCUACUUGAUCAAAGUGCAAAAAUAUGAGCUGUAAAUUAUGAUGACAGUUUCCCUAAUGAAAGAAAGACAGCUAAAUAUGGAAUAGUUUUAGUCUAGCUCAAAUCCACAUUCAUUCAUGUAUUACUCACAGAACAAGUCCAAAUUUGUUCUGUGGAGGAUAUUUUUAGCUACUUUUAUAGAAAAUUACUUGUCUCAGGAACUACAGAACACAUUCCUGGCAUGGAAGCUUAGUUUUGUCAGGACCCUUUGGAAUCUGCAGCCAUGUGGUAAGCAAGUGCAAGUGCUUCACCUACUAUUCAGUGUUUCAUGUAGAGACCCAUCAACUGAAGGUUGACAAAUCUUGCUGUAUCUGAGGGGAAUCAAGGAUCCGGACUAUUUUUAGCCCAAUCAUGCCAAAUGAUGGGAAGGUGUGGGCCUUUCAGUUGGAACUGGAGUAGUGAAAAAGAAAAUUGGAAGCAUGUAAUCAAGCUUGGAAAAUGUGGACAACAAAUGGUAUGAGGAUUUACAGAGUCUCUUUUGUACCUUCAGGUACAUGGUAUCAAGGAGGCUGACCUUGAGCAAAAAAAAUGAAUGUUCAGGUUACAUAGAUUUUAUUUUUCUAAAAAUACUUUAUUGUUCAUAUACAAAACAAAACCUUUGGUCUUAACAUAAGGUUACAUCUUCUAGCGCCAGCUUGAAAACUGGCGCAGUUAAUAGAAAUUGUGUACGCAAGGAACUAUUGGCAACUGUGCUUGAUCAUGAGCUAUGUGGGAGCUCCCAAAAUCCCUUUGGCAUCUUGUGAUCGUGUCAGUUAUUUUCUUACUGCCAUUAAGAGAGAACGUGCUUUGCUCUCUUGCCAUUUUUAAAGCCAGUCUAGUUUUCUUCCAGCUGAUGCUAGAAAUUUAUCCUAAUGUUACAACCUUAGGUUUGUUAGUUGUGAAAAAUACUAAUUGAUUAAAAGAUUUGUCAUGUUUACAUAUACGCACAGGAGGUCUGAGCAUCCAUAACUUUAAACUACAUAGAAUACAUCCCUGUUGAAAAAAUUACUGUAGUGUACAGCCAGUCCCCAGUUAUCGGCGAUCCGGUUUUAUGGCAUUGUCUAGUGCCGCAAAAUUGGCGAUUUAUGGCACCAUAACGGGCCCGAGUUCCGGUUAUUGGCAACUUAAAGGCACCAAUAGUAGAGUUAUGAUGCCAUAAUAUACCUAACAGAGUUGUCAUAAGUGUGCUUAUGGCACUGAUAACCUGUUAUUGGCGCCAUAACUGAGUUUCGGUUUAUGGCAGUUUUCACUAAUCGGCACACCCCCGGGAACGGAACCCCCACCGAUAACCAGGAUCUGCUUGUAUAGUAUAGUGCUACAUUGGUCCCCCCAUAUUCAUAGGGCAUACAUACCAGAUACCCCUGCAAAUAGUUGGAACCCCUAUAAAAAUGCUUUGAAUGGCGUAUUUUGUUAGUUAAAACUCAAGAAAAAUCCGCUAAACAUUUUUAUACUUGGUUUUAUACUUCAUCUGGCAGUGGCCUUGAAAACCAAUAGAACAGCUGUUUAAGGGUAACAUUUAUUUUCAUUCCCUUAGUCUUUCACAACAAGAUAUAAAGUUUUUACAUCUCUCUCUUAUGCACACAUGUAGUUAACAUUCACAUAACCCCAAAUUUUGUUCUUGAUAUCCCCGUCUUUAUGGUUAUGAUAAGUUAAUCAAAUUAUGAUGUUAUCUACACUGUCAGUUAAAUAACUUUGCAAUAUACUAUGAUACUAUAGAGAGAUGGUGAUGAUGAAGGAUACAUACUGUUGUCUUCUGACCAGACAACAGCUGUCUCCAAAAUUGGAAUCGAGUUUAGAUAGAACUGUAGAUUAAUUGCUAUUGUCUCCAAAGAAAAUUAAUGGCGUAUGUGCAAAACACCAUAGAAUAAAAGUAUUUUAUUAACUCAGAAUAUAUGUAGGGUGGAUAAGUUUUCAAAUACAUUUGCUGUAAUUACACUUUUCUUGUUUACAAUGAAAAACUUGGUUAAAAAUGUAGACCUAUGACAUGGGUCACUCCUGUGAGGAAGUUUCAAGGCUAUCACCCUGCAUACUGGCUACUAGCAGAUGCAAGAUUGACAGUACAUGUUUUCACCUCUGAAGGUUUUAAAACAUAAGUUGAAAUGCAUGAAGGUUUAAACAAGAUGUCUGACAAUAGUAUGUGGUGUCAUGGUCCGAGGAUGUUAAGGGUUGAGUAGACACACAAAGCUAUAAAACAAAACUUUUCUAGUUUUUGAUUCCUUUUCAUCUUCCAAGGGAACUCCUGAGAAACAUUCAUGUAGGAUUAGCACUUUCUCGUGCAACACAUUACUUUCAAUAGAAAUUUUCAUCCUUACCAUGUCUCCCAACCAGACAUUCCAAGUUUUUUUUUUUAUCUUUGAGUGUAUUUUAUUGUGAAUUAAAAAUAGUACCAUUCUUGCCUUUUGUGGUGCAACACUAAAAGUAGAUCAUAUUUAAUUCUCUUAAUCUUAAAUAGUGUUGAUGUUUGAUUCAUUUUUCCUGUAAUGCAGCCCAACUUCCAUUAAUUGCAGUGCCUUUCAAAAUAAAAAUAUGGUGACUUUAUCAUUUAAAACUAAGCACCAUCCACUACUUUUACCUUGUUUUUUAGGGCACUGUUUGCUUUUUGGGAUGCAUAUUUUCACAAAUUAAGGGUGGGAAAAGAUCAGAGAAUGAUUUAAUUUGUACUAUACUAUGUACUCAAAUGAAUAAAUCAUGUGACUGUUUGUAAGACUGUGUUGUGCCAUUAUUCAUCUUACCAGCAUCAGCUGAGCUUUGUAAUGUAUAUGCUGUAAAUUAAAAUUUUUGUUUUUGAAAUUUCCUUUGGUUUUCUUUUGUUUAUUACUUAUUUUAGAGUAUGGUUGUUCAGUGCCACUCAAAAUAAAACUGCUGUUAAGGUGAGUUCACUGUAAUGCUGUUAAUACUGUUGCAAAUUGUAUCUGAAUCACAGAAUACUAGCAAAAGAUAAUUGGUAGUCAUAAGAUAAUGGGCAAUAAGGCAAUAAUGUACCCCUCUACAUCUAAAUGAAAUGUAGGCUAAUCAAUACAGUGCAUAUGCUAAAGGAGAAGAAUUCAAAGACAAAAAAAAAAAUUUGUAUGGAGAAAAAUAACUGAAGUGGACACAUGUAAGCCAAUGAUGAUCACUGCUAGGGACCUACAUGUGCUAUGAUGUUAUGCAUUUUCUUUUAUUUCAAAAUCAUUGGUAAUGUUUGGACAAAUUUGUGACCAUGAAAUUGGGGUAACUAUAACUACAUAUUGUAAGUGAUGUGAAAUAAUUGCUAUUUGCUUUCAACUCUGUAACUUGUUUUUAGUAGACUUUCCAUCUGCACCACCUUAGCUAGGCAGACAAAGAUAGAGGCUUUUCUGGAUAUAAGGAUUUUGCUAGUUCUCAGUAAAUCAUAUCAUUUAUGGUAGAAAAUGUACUUCUGAGUAGUAAACAGAAAUGUGUAGGUUGUUUAACUGUUAUAAAAGUAAUUACUUAAGCCUCUUGAGGGAUUUCCAAGCUUAGGGGAUCUGGUAUAACUUGAAGAAAUGGUGUCAUGUUAAAGGCAAUAUUUAUUUGGUCAGCCCAAGCUUGUGUAGUUUGUUAGCAUAAAGGUUUGAUGCAUUCAUUCAGCUUUUUAAAGUUUUGAUUUUUGUAUUUUUUCUUGCUUCUUGGUUUUUACAUAAAACAAACAUGCCAUCCAAAUGAGAGUUGAAAUUUUGACUACAGUAUAUGUAUUAUAUACUUAGUAAUGAUGAUAGUAUUAGAAUAACAAUAAAAAGUAUUGGCCCUUCAGUUUAUUCUAAGAUUCCAGUUGAAAGUCUAAAUAAUACUUGGAACCACCACUCCUAAUAAUGAACAAGUAGUAGAGGUUAAGAUGUGUGAUAUAAAGACGAUGUUAGUCAUAAGUGAUCAGUUAUCAGAAGAAAUUCAACAUAUUACAAGGAAAGGUUGUCAGAGCCCCGUGCCUUCUUGUUACAGUGUAUCUUGGCUCUCCAAAAUCAGUUAAUUACUAAUGAAGCAUUUGAAAAUACUAUAUCCUAUGCCAAUUAAAAUUUAUUGUAUUCAUUAAUUUUGGUUAGAGACACACCUUGCAAUAAUUAAACAGCAUAAAACAUUAAGUCAGCACAAACUAUAUUGUAAACUUUAUGAAUUUAAGUUAUGAUUUUAAGUAACUUUUCUUGUUUAGUAAACAUGAACACUUUUCCAUCUUUUUCAAUGUAUGAAAUAAUGAUGCAUAACCAGACUUACCAUAUAGAGAAUCUGAUUACCAUGUAGUAUCAUAGGCUGCAGCUAUUCUCCACAGGUUUAGAUUUUUGUGUCUAUAUUAAUUAGAAAUAUUUUAUGCCUGCAUGUUGGCGAAGGGCUGAGAGAACGCUGAAUAGCUGCUUAAAUGAUGAAAGCAGUGGUAGUACGUAAUAAGUCCUGACGUCUCAAUAAUAUGGGAAGUCUUCCAUUUCACCUGUCAGUCAGAUGCUGAAAUUGAAGGACUUUUUCCAGUGAUGUGUGAGUGCCCUUUUGACCACAUCUCACCUGACCUUUUCAUUUGUGUUACUUUGUUUGCCUUAAAGUUAGUGGUAUGUAAUUUUUUAUUUUCCUUAAAUAGUUAGUUGUGUGUAUUUUGUUUAGUACAUUUUUAGUAGUCAUCAGGAGGCAGUUUGUUAAAAUGUUAAAGUUGUAGUGUGUUAGGUGGGUGUUUGUGAGCCCUUUUUUUUUUUAUUGACCUUUUGAAUGUAUCUUUAUACAGGGUUAAGAGGUGGUCCAGAGGACCAAGCCCCUUGACCCCUGACAGGUCAUGUAGGAGGAGCACCUUUGCUUAGGUUAUUUUGUAUCCUUGUAACUGGAGUCAGUUAGUGGUGAGGUAUUUUGUAGUGAUCUUCAGUGGGGAAGAUGUUGAUUUGGAAAAGUUAUGGGGAGGAUGAUAGGAAGAUCUGUUACUGGUGUUAGCAUUAUGUACCUAGUAAACCUUGAGCAUUUUUCAUCACCAGUACAUGAGUUAACUUCCUGCCUUCAAGGUAUCUGCGGUGAAUAGACAUGGUUUUUUAAAUUAAAUAAAAGUGUAUUGGUACCAUAGUUCAAGGGCAGCUAUUUAACUAACACAUUUGUGAGGUUAUAUAUGCAAAUCAACUUGAGCUGAAGUUACACAUUGCCAUCAUGAUGAUUUGCAGUUGGAUUGAGUAGCAGUUAACAUUUCUCUCAAGUAACAGCUUAUCAUAGUGAAGAAAAGGUUUGUGAUUCUUAUGAACACAAAAUUUGAGAUGCUUUCCUUUAUUGAUACAGGCUACAUGAUUUUAUAGUUAACGUUCUACCCCAGCCCCUCUUGUUGAUGCACAUUCAGGUUUUUAUAGUGAAUUGGGGAAUUUGAUGUAGUGACAGGGUAAAGGAGGAUUCCUGGGUCAUUGAGGGGAAGUCAUCACUUAACCCUAACUACCACUGCCAGUUAUGCGCCUAUUUGAUCCUUUGUCGACCUUCAGGCUCAAGCAAAAACUGGAGAUUCGUUUCUCAGAAACAAGAUAAUUUAAAGUUGGGUGAAUUGCAGUUGUUAGUCAUUUUGAUUAUUGAAGUGUGUUGAGAGGCAGCAUGCAGAAUUCCAUAAUUUAACAUUCUCGAGAUGUGCUGUAAUUUACCAUAAGGAUCAAGUUUCAGUAUCUUUCAUUUUUACAUUAAGUCCUUGUAGUUUGUAGGUUAGAUUUUGGCAAGAAUGAUUAGUGCAUUCUUUAAACCCUAUGAAUUUUUGUUGUAUGGAAAUUGAAUGGAACAUUUUUAUUAGUAGGGCUAACGAUGCUGUUUACAUGUUAAAGCACUAUAUAUGAAGUUUAUGUUGUCUAUGGUCUAACUAUCUGAAGAUAAUGACAAUUUUUAACCUGUCAGUUUUUGUUUCCUAAUUGUUCUCUACAGAAAUAUACUUUCCCUUUAAGAUUCACCUAUGUUCUUUGUCAUUUUAUGUCUGCCAAGCCUUCAAAAUAAGUCUGUUUUCUCUUUCAAGAUUUUUUGUUCCAUAUUGCAGAUUAGGGAUUGCUAUACAUGAACUGUUCUCUUCAUUCCUGUUGUGUGAUUUGUUUUGAUUUGCUUUAGCUUCUGAAUGUUUUUCAAUUUCUCUUUAGGCAUAUGGAUGCAAGACCACAGUAGAGUUUAUGAUUACAGUACCCUUCUUUCUGACAAGUUUUUGCCCAUCUUAUGUGAAUUAGGCACACUACUUACUUAGUGGUUUGGUUAAACUAUUUAUUAACGAUAAUGAUAAUCCUGUUGGAUUCAUUACUGUUUCCAAACCCAUCAUCUUUGUGAAACGAAACUGAUUACUAUAAAAAAAUAUAUUACGUCUAAUGUGGUCUGUAGUGUUACUCAUUCUAAAAAUUGCAAGCUUCAAAUAAUAUCCCCUCCUCGAAAUGAUCACACACUUUUGACCCAUGAGUAUUUGAUGAAUUCCCACAUGAUCCAAUCCAAGAAUGCAGGCAAUGUAGAACAACACUUCCAAUUAAACAUAUUUUACUUGAAUGUCAUGAUCAUAGGAACAGUAAUGGAAACAAAUCCAGAAAAAAAAACUUUUAUGGGAAUCUUCAUAAUUUUUGCUUUCAGAAAAAAAUUGCUUAUAAAAGAUGACUUACUUUACUAUUUCAUGAGAAAUUUAGGUUAGACUUUUUGGAGAGAUAAGAGAUUAUUAUAUAAUAGUUUAGAAUGGUAUGUAGUAGUCCUCUACACUAUUUACACUGCAAAUUCUGCUUUUAGUAUCUGUUUACCUUUACUUUCAUACUUGUACAUGAAUUAUAGUUUAUUGGUUGGUCUGUGUUAUUGUCUUAAUAUUUGGUAUUAUAGUCAGUAAUAGGUUUUAUUGCAAGGAUGUACUGCCUUGACAGAAAAAGAAGCCUUUCCUAUUUUUAAUUUUGUUUUAACAGUUGAUAACCUCUAUUUAGGUUUUACAUGAUUUAUAUAUACAAUAAGAUCAUACGUUUAUAUGAUAAAUAUGCUCUGAGGUAUUGAUUAAUAUUGCAAAAAAUAAGAAAUUAAACUACAAAUAGCUGUCAUAUUGAUGACAAGAUUUUAUUGUAUUUUAAAAUUGUUUAAUAUUUUGCAAAAAUCUGAAGAGCCUUUUGUGUUCAACUCCUAUUGUUAGUUAAGGAGGAAGUUUUAUUAUCAAAAUAAUAUAUGUAAAUUUUUCUAAAGUUGCACUUGCUCAUAAAGAUCAGUGAGCUCUAGUUGACUGGAAAUUAAUACUGGGCUGGUAUUUCUUUGUAUUUUUCAUCCUUUAAACUUCAUAUGUAACUUAUUUAUGUAAUACUACUUUGUUUAUUAGUUUCUUUUUAAAUGGAACAUUAUUGAGUUGAAAAGUUUUGUGUAAAACUUACCCUGCUCUGGGUACUGUGAUCAAGGAAGAUUCUAGUCAUUACAUCCGGUUUUGAUAAAUCUUGUAUUGGAAUAUGAUGGCUCCAUUCAGUGAAAAAAGUUUGUAUCCAACAUGAGUGUAUAAUUUGAGAAGUAGGUUUUAUGCCUCUCAAAAGAAUUUUUAGAUACAUUGGCACCUCAACUUAUGAGACUUUUCUGGGGUCUGACUAUCAGAUAUGUGAUAAGUGAAGCUCCAGUAGUGUUACCUGCAUGAUACCUGAAAGCCAAUAUACCUAGCCUAUAAAUAAAUAAUUAUUCAUUGUUAAUCCACGCGAGGGAACAUAUGAAAAGAAAUGAUAUAACAUUCAGUACAGUCCAACUCAUUCAUCCUCCACCAGACCUUGAGUACUAUACAGUAAUUCCAUAUAAUAUCUAGGCUUACCUAAGUUGUAGUUUAUAUACUUAAUGAUUUAUAACCAGAGAUCUGUAGGCAAAAUGCAUUAGUAUUUCUAAAAAGCAUCGUAGCAAAAACACCCUCAUCGAACUAUAGCUGAGAUAUUUUACCUAUGUGGGCUUACAAAUGUAAGAUACUUUACGGUAAAACCUUGCUAAUCCAAACUAACUUGAGUAUAUUUUGUUUGGAUUUUCUGGUUGUAUGUCUUAACUGAAUUUAUUUCACAUUGGUUACCCUAGGGUGUCUAAUCUUAACCGAUUUAUUUCAUAUAAGCAAUCGAAUUAAAAUGCCAUACUAGAAUUCACUAGAGUGAUACUGAAACAUACACAGUACAUUAGUAUGUGCUAGAUGUGCUUAGUAUUUUUGUUUCAACGAAAUAAUGUGUCCACUAAUUUAACCUGACCUAAGUUUGCUGUAAACAGGUAAUAAUCAUACCUAGUGUUGUUAAAACCAUUAUAGUUUUACUAUGUAGAAUCAAAUAUAAUUACUAAUUACCCGUAAUAUUUUUCAUAGGGAGCUCUUAUUAUUUAUUGCAUUUAUAUUUUUAUAGUAUUUUAGUUUUUAAUGAUUUUUUAUUAAUUGGUUCAUAUAUGGCAAUUAAUAUAGUACGUUUAAAUUUUGAUUAAUUGCUGUAAAUUGUGUGCUGUUCAUUAUCAUAAUAUUUGAGUAUGUUGCCUGACAGUACUUCCAUUUUCUCAUAAGAAUUAUGUGCAAUAGGAUCAGCAACUAACAUGAUUUGAGGUAAUACCAUAGAAAAUGAUGAUGUUUAAUGACUGGGAGGUGUUGUAGAAACCCCUCAAAAUUAUAAAUCCAUAAAAUACUGGAGCACAACAAAUAAAAUUUGUACUUCAUAAAUUAUACAAACAUGGUUAAAAUGUAGAAUUAUGUUGCCCAUGUAGCCGCUAAUGGAAACAAAGAUGCCAGUAAAGCAACCAGAACUGCAAGUAUGCUAUGACAAGAUCACAUAGAGAUUCCUAUGAGUGAUUAUGUAACAUCACUGAAACCCAUUAUGUAAUAAAUAAAUUAUAAAAUAUUAUGCAUGGAACAAUGGACAUGAUAGUAAAAAAUAAAAAAUAAACCAAGCUUAGUGUUGAAAAUGGAAUUCAUCCUGUCAGAAGGACACACAUAUAAAUCAUUUUUACACACCUUAGAAUUUUUCUCUUCUUUGACCCAUAUAUAUUUGGCAAACAGCCCACUUGAUCUGAUCCCUUCAUAUACAGAGUAACACUAACAGCUGAACAUUUGUGUGUGUACCAAAUAUAAUUGACAACAAAUGAAUCUUGGUAGAUCCUCUAUCAGUUUUAAUGAACAGCAAUGUAAUUAUGAACAUGUAUUAAUGCAUGAUAAUUACAUGUCAUAGAAAUUCUUUGUCAUAGUAGAUAAAAAUAAGCCCCUCAGGAAAGCCCUAUGAGAAUUAAGAAUUUUAACGAAGUUCUUUGGUUAAAGUAUUUACUAUUAAGAACAAUAACAACAGUAGUAAUCCACAGUAAUUCUAUCAGUUAGGUAACGAUAUAGUGUACAGUUAGGUCUUGUGUGGUGGUUGUAACUUAGAUAUUUCAGCUAAGCCAAGGAUAUUUCAGCUUAAGCCAGAUUAGGCAAAUUUUAUUGGUAAUGAAGAAUAUGGUAAUGUUUCAGACUUUGAUUUCUUGAAAUGGUGGCGGAGACAGUGAAGGUGAUGGGGUGAGAAGAAUAUUAGAGGGACUAGACUUUUGGGAGAAUACAAUUGAUAACUGUUAAGGCCUCUUAAUGCUGAGGAUUCUCAAGGGUGACUUUUUGGCCAGAAAAUGUCGGGGUCCAUCUUUUAUAACCAAACUUGAAUCUGACACUUUGCAAUAUGAAAGUCUGUUAAUGGCUAGUGAAUUAUAGGGCUUCCUGGGUUAAUGGAGCAAUAUACCCAAGAAAUGUAUCGAGCAAUUCAGUUAACUCAGAAUGUGCCCUGAAUGAGGGUAAUUUUGUUGAAUAUUUUGGUGGCUUGCAAACACCAUAGGUCAUGGGCUCUAUCAAGGAAAUGGUAUUUUAUGGCAGAAUAAUGCACAUAAUUGUACCUUCCUUCAAAAUUAGCUCUUCCUGAAAGGAGUGUGCAGCUCAGUUAUCCAUCAGGAUGAUGACCCUGGCAUGGUCCAAAUGGAUUUUCUUUACUUUUAUGGUUGUGGCUUAUCUCCCUGAAUUAGUAAUAUACCUUGUGAGGCAUGCCUUAUUAAGAUAUGAUAAUGGGCCAUCUUUAUGCUCCAUUACCGCCUAGCAGUACCAACAAUGCAAGGAUGAGACAGUGAGAGCCACUGACAUUAGCACAACAGUGUCAGAAUAUUCUGUCUCAGUUUGUUUCAUUUCAUGAAAACCAGUUCCUGACGGCACUUGUGUGCUCUAUCUAGGGACAUCCAAAACAGUCCAUCUUCAUAUCAGAUCCAACAGUUUCUGAUGGAAGGCACAUAUUGUUUCAGUUGGUUCCUCUAAUCUCUUCAAUGCUCUGUAAUCUGUGGUGGUUACAGAAAUAUAAAAUUUAGUUCCAUGUUCUAGAGUGUGUGUGUGUCAAGAACAGGAGUCCGGAUGUUCAAGAUAAAAUUACUUUCUAAAAGGAGAAAAAAUUGUGUAUUGCUUUUAUAGCAUGAUUAACACUGACAGUGUUUCAAUGUGCACAUAGUAUUUCUUAGCCCACAUGGUGAACAAGGAGUGCAUUCAUUUUUAAAGAAAACAUUGACGUAAUUUCUGAAGAAUGAUUAAUACCUUUUUAACUAUUCCGUAGAAUGCACUAUAAGUGAAAUUGGUACACUUUUGUUCUGAAAUCUUGGAUUUUCUGAACAUGGGCUUAUAAGAUGAACAAGAAGGACAGGGUUAUUUGUAAUGAAAAAGUAUUUUUAAAUGCUUAUUUAAUAAUCAGUCCAUUUAAUAUAAAUGUAUUGUGUUUUAAAGCAUUUAACCUAAGAGUUAAUCACUAAACUUAAUUGCAAAAUCACAGAUAUACAAAAAUCAUAUGAAAUAAGCGCAAGCUCUUUACUGUGGAGAGAGUACAAAAGGAUUGAGUUGGAAAAGUCACAUGGCUUGGAGCAUGAUAGGUCUGUUGCAGUGGUAAAAAGAUCCCAUUCUUACAGGUUGAGAUAGGCAACCAUCAGCCCUGUUUGUUCCAGUAUCUGCUGAGUCAUGUGCUCACUUUAUCAUUUUGUUUGGUUUUAACUAACUUCUGUGGUUGGACUUCUGAUAUGCAUAAGCAACAAGAUUCAAUACUACAUUCAAGUCCAAUAAGUUGAGGUGCUAUUUUUAGAAAAUGUUAAAGCUGUUUAAAAGAUUUUCCAGCUUUUGCUAGCUGACUGAUUCUUUGAAGUGGCAGUCAUUCUUGAGGAAAAAAUCCAAACAGUCAUGUAAAUUACUUAGUUGAGCUAAGUUAUGUAUGUUCAGAUAAGGAUGCAUUGGAAAUCUUGGAUUGUUUUCAAAAUGGAAUACCUUAAACUUUUUAACACAUUUUAGUUUUGAACUUGUACAAAUUACCUCUUAAUGUUCACAGAUAGUUGCUGUGGUGUUUUAUUGUAGAAAACAUUUUGUUGAAAUUUAUGUGGAUGUUGAUGAUGUAGUUAUACUAUUAUAUAAAAAAGUGGUAGUUAUUUGAAAUAGUAAAUUGCAAGGUACUUGUAGAAUGUGUCAAUAGAAAGUGUUAUGGUAGCAUUUUGUGGUUAACAGAGCAUAUGUAUGAUAAAAAGUGAGGUAGUUAAUCCUUACUCUGUAAUUUUUAUAAAUUUUUCUUCAUAACUUAUACUUUUGCAACAUUCCUGUAAGAGGAACUUUGUGUCAUCAUUCCACGUUCAUUCCAGUUUUCUGUGUAUACUGUAGUUCAUCAGCUUUCUAUUACUGCUUUCUAAAGUUUGUCAUUCAUGUCUAAGUACAUCUGAUUUAAUGAUGGUGAAAUUGCUGAACAAAUAUUUGGUUUAUGUACUUGUCCCAUGUAUUAUUUAUUUUUGGUUAUUAAAGUCUGAACUUGUGACUUUAAUGCCCGUGUUCAGAUUCUUUUUUAUGCAGUUAAAAUAUUUUUAGUUUAAUUUUUCAUCAAGGUUAGCAUCAAAAUCAUGUUUAUAACCCCAUGUUUGUUGUGACCAGGACAAAUAUGAGAUGUUUCUAAUAGAGAGAGAGCAACCCUUGAAUAUCCAGUUUUUGUAAAUAGUGUAUCAGAAUUCUAGCCACACCACAUUAAGACUGGGCAGUGUUGGUGUGAAUCAAUUCUAUGGUGAUACUUAGUAUUUCAUGGUGAUACUUAGUACAUGCUUAAGACUGUGAUUAUGAAUGUUUUUUGUUAGUGGCCUGUUUAUUCUCAAGGUAUGAAACUUGUAAAUAAACUUUUCAAUGUU